GAUAAUUCCAUAAAAUAAUAUCAACUAGUAAGUUUAUCCGCACGUUACCGAAGUUGACAGAAGAGGUCUCUGUUUGCGCUUGUAUAAGCGCGAAAUUCAAAAUUCCGGUGCAACCAGGAGAGUCAGAAGGCUUUGGUUGAUUAUAUUGCUAUUAGUUUAAAUAAUAAUUAAAUACAUCGAUUGUAACUAAUUUUCACGACAAUUAGAUAAAAAGGCAGUAUUAUUGUAUCUAAUUAUCCAUAGAGAUAUAUUUGUUCUUGUUUAUAGAAUUGUCUAUGAUUAGUAGAUGUGUACACGUCACAUUCCAAGGACAUCAAUAAAUAGGUUAUAUUGGUUCUAUUUUGGUGAAAAUAAUUUUGUUAAAAAUGGUGAGUGUAAUAAACACCAUCGACACUGGUCAUGAAGAUAUGAUUCAUGGGGCUGAAGUUGAUUACUACGGACUUAGACUAGCAACUUGUUCAUCUGAUAAUUCCGUAAAAAUAUACGAUAUUAAGGAUGGGGCCCACACCCUUCUAGAAGAUCUUAAAGGUCAUUUUGGACCAGUAUGGCAAAUUGCUUGGAGCCACCCAAAGUUUGGGAAUUUAUUGGCUUCAUGUUCAUAUGAUCGAAAAGUAAUAAUAUGGAAAGAACAUCAAGGAAAAUGGACUAAAUAUUAUGAGUAUACAAAUCAUGAUUCCAGUGUUAACUCGGUGCAGUUUGCUCCAGAUGAAUAUGGCCUUAUUUUAGCUUGUGGUAGCAGUGAUGGAACAAUUUCUAUAUUAACUUAUCAAAAUGAAACAAACAGUUGGGAAGCAAAAAAAAUAUUGAAUGCACAUGUAAUUGGCUGCAAUAGUGUUAGCUGGGCUCCAGCAAUAACUUCGGAACCAAUUUUUGAUAGUAGCCAGCCACAACCACUAGUAAAGAGGUUAGUUAGUGGAGGAUGUGAUAAUUUUGUAAAAAUUUGGCAUGAAGAUGGUGACCGAUGGAUUGAAGAAAAUAAAUUGGAAGUUCAUUCUGACUGGGUUAGAGAUGUGGCAUGGGCCCCGUCAAUAGGAUUAAACCGCCACGUUAUUGCUAGUUGUUCUCAAGAUCGCAGAGUUGUUAUUUGGACCAGCGACAAUUGCCAAAGUUGGACAUCCACUGUAUUAAACACAUUUGAUGAUGUUGUUUGGAGUGUAAGCUGGUCAUUAAAUGGCAACAUUUUAGCUGUAUCUGGGGGAGAUAAUAAGAUUACACUUUGGAAGCAAAGCCUAGAUGGAAACUGGCAGUGCAUCAGUGAUGUUGUUAAAGGGCAAGGACAAAUUAGUUCUGACCAAAGAGCUAUUUGAACUUGUAAUGUAAGGUUGAUUUAACUUAUGUUGCAUGGUUUUGUAAGUGUAUUUACUAAUAUACAUUUUUAAUAU